AUGUUCAAAUUAUCGGAUGGAUGCAGUUCUACCUGCAAAGACUUCCCCAAAGAAAUUCCUUCGUAUGGGGAUAUAGGUGGUAUUGGUGUCACCUUAGCCUUCGUACUUACGGCGUGGAUGGUGGUUAUUGUUCUCGUCGGGUACUAUCUCAAAGUCUAUGAUCCUAGAUUGGACCCCUUUCGAAAGGAGGGCACGCAAAGGGUUACCAAGUAUCCAAACUCGAUCGACUACUCGGUCCACGAAAUCCUACAAAGCAUUCCAUGGCUCAAACUUCAUUCAACAUCUGUUUCGUCUCGGCCUUCCAGACUUGGAACAGUGCUAAACGCUUGUGUUCUCAUGUUCGCAGAUGUUCAAAUCUUCACAUCUUUGGCGAUUCUCAUCGGCGCGUAUGCUUCAGUUGGCUGUGACAUCGUUGCUUAUCACUGGCAAUACAUGAUCUACCUGGCCUGGCUUGCUUCAGUAACUCACCUCGCCAGUCUCUCAUUUCUCCGCAACCAUCUCGCCAAUAAUCCUGCGAAGCGCACAUGGCGUCUAGUAUCCAUGUGUAUAAUCCAAGUCAUGUUAUCCGUGGCGGUUGGACUGUCGAUGACUUUUGAGGGGGAACCUUGGCUUAAUUCCCAAGGUGGCCGUCCUGCUAUCUGUUAUUUUGAAAACCGAAUAGAUACAAGCUCUAAUGCCUCUCAGUCAUCCAUCAAGUUUAUUAUUCUUAUCGCAUGGGGUCUCGCUAUUCGUAUUGCGAAGACUUUUGAAAGCUUUGAAGGCGGCUUGCGUAGAAUUGCAUCGCGUCUAGCAGAAUCAGGAAAUCGGGACAGAAGGACCUUUUUAGGUUCUACAGAAGGACAAUGGAGCUGGAGAUUUGACAAUACGUUUCUGCCUCUUCGUUUCUUGUUAAGCUAUCUUGAUCUCGCCGGCAUCGGGACCUACUGGGUCGUGAGUAUUCAACUUGAUCUUUUCACUUCGCUUCUCGCCGAGGUUUAUUGGGUAUUCUUCACCAUCACGUGGAUUACAACGCGCCUCGUGAAACUCCGAAUACCGGGAAAUCAAGACGAUAGCAAGUGGAUGUUUGGCCAAGUUCUUCCCAUUAUCCUUCUCAUUGCGCCUCUUGCCAUAGCUAUCGAAAGCUUCUGCAUGGUACCAACGAGCAACGAGCUGCCUAACACUUCUCAAGAUAUUUCUGCGAACGACCCAUACGGCAUAAGGGACCUCAGUCAUAUUCACAGCUCAACCUAUCGAGGUGUGUUCUUCCUAGCAGUCCUGUCAUACAUCGCGAUAGCGGUCUACUUUGUUCUCGAUCAAGCAGAAACGCAGAGCUUCGCCAGUACCCUCAUUCGAAUCAAUUCGACGGUGUUUGUUUUGCAGCCCACGCUGCAGGUUUCCUGGGUUGUCUGCAACAUGUGGCUUGAUAAGAUGGCUUUGAAUAUGGCAUUGAAACGCACAAUUCGCGAUGUCGUCCUAGUCGUAUAUUCUUCCAUCUCGCUUGUCCAAAACUUUGACUCUUCGGAUGAUCAUGGGCCGUUAGUCCCUCCGAGUGGAAGCACUACAAAGGACACAACUCGUUAUGCAGAAUUGAUGAUGUGUCUACUGAUUCUUUACGCCCACGCUUCCCUGGCUGCGACCUUUGUUCUCGACGAGAUGCUGAGAGGCACAAAAUGGCGUUAUUUCCUGCAUCUAAAUCUACUUUGCGUCUCGUAUUUGAUCCUCCGUGCUAUUAUGAUAGCAAUACCUGCUUAUCUAUCUUUUGCUUCGAUUCUACCUGACAAAUACAUACUCACUUGUGCUGGAGUAUCCAUGUUUCUGCUGCUCUUUGUCUUUUCCCUGGAAGUCUGGGCUGGAAAGAAGAAUCUACCAAAGCGGAAGGCUUUCUUUAUCAGGAGCGUUGUCUUACUCUUCCUGUGCCCAUUUUGCUUGCUCCUGAGUCAGUUACUCUCAUACAUGAUGGUCAGCAUCUUCUUGGGCGGUUUUCUGUUCUCCUUGAAUCUGUGGUCGGUCAUCGGUCUUUGCGUUGAUGGCUGCAGGCAUUCGUUUGAUACAGCUUUGGAUGACGCUUUAUUGAUGGAACCUUAG